UUAAAGAUUGCGAAACAAAGAAAAACAUUGCUAACCAUCCAAGAAUUAAGAACCAAGGUCCAAGAAUGUCAGUAAUAUCUCUGACGUGCUCUCAGACAACACUGUGCUAUUCUUCAAAGCCACCGCACAGCUUUUUGACAGAUUUUGAGAACUCUGUGUUCCCAAGAACUUCAAUUCCAGCUUUUGCUCUGAAAUUAUCAGCAUAUUCUCAAAGAUUAUUGAGGAAUGGGAACUUGGUUUCUCGCAGAAACAGAUUUCAUGCGAAUUCUGCUGACUCAGAUGCAGAUACAAACGAGUUGGAAACCCAGUUGUCUCGGGAAAAUGGUGCAGUUUCCAGUAAUGGUGGCAACCCAUCAACCAGCUUUUUAUCCGUGCUCUGUCCCUUGCUCAAGCUCUUCUCCGGAGGAGAUCCCUCUCAAGAACGGAACUUUACUUUGGAGGUAGCUACAUCUUCAUUGUCUACCUUCGCCAGAUUCCCUUGGGGAUCAAGAUCUCUAUCACAGAAUUUGGACAGACAGGACAUCACUACCUUGGAUCCUCCUAUGCAUUUGCAGCUUUUUGAAUUUGAGGCAUGCCCUUUUUGCAGGAGGGUUAGAGAAGCUUUGACUGAGCUAGAUCUUUCUGCAGAGGUCUAUCCUUGUCCAAAAGGUUCAGUAAGACAUAGAGAAAUGGUUAAAAGAUUUGGUGGCAAAGAGCAGUUUCCUUUUCUCAUAGAUCCAAAUACUGGUAUUUCAAUGUAUGAAAGUGGUGAAAUUGUGAAAUACCUAUUUGAACAAUACGGUAAAGGUAGAAAACCUACAGUGGGGCUUUUGGAAAGCACAUUAUUCACAGGAUGGAUGCCAACAAUUUUUCGAGCAGGCAGAGGAAUGACAUUGUGGGAAAAGGCGAAGCGAGACCCACCACCCAAAAAACUGGAACUUUACUCAUAUGAAAAUAAUCCAUAUGCACGAAUUGUGCGUGAGGCACUUUGUGAGUUGGAGCUUCCUUACAUCCUUCAAAACGUGGGAGAAGGUUCCCUGCGAUCGAAGUCACUAGAUGCAUCUGGAUCCAAAGAGGUUCCUUACCUGAUUGAUCCCAACACUGGUACUCAAGUUGGUGACUACAAGAAGAUCCUGUCUUACUUGUUCCAGACAUAUUCAGCAGCCAUUGUAUAGUUUCAAAAUCAGUUGUAAGUGGUUUAACAUGUGAAAAUCAAAAUGGACUUGAUUUUUACUCUUAUGUACAUUCUGUAACCAAAUUUUAGUGGCAAUAGGAAGUGGUUAAUUGCCCUUAGGCUUUGUGUUCCACACAUAUUUGUAUACUUGCACCAAUUUUGAAGAUAUGGCAAUAUCUGCUUUGAAUUGUC